AUGGAAGCUAUUCAUGAUAAUUCACAUGUUAACGUUCAAAUAGACCAAGAAAUUCCAGAAAAAAAUGUAAUAAAGGACAUUUUAGAAAUUGCUUGCUCGCCAAAAAUGAAGUAUGUUGCUGUAUUAUAUAAAGAAAAGUGCAUUGGUCUUUGGUCUAUUGUUAAUGGGGGUUUAAACUAUGAUAAAGCAAUCUUUAUUGACGCCAUUUGCACAAAGCCAGAAGGUUCUAGACUUUUUGCAGUCUCGGAUAAUAAUCAUGUUUCCGUUAGGCUUGAUAAAGAUAGAGUCAGCCAAAUCAGUCCUUAUAAUUUUACAUUUUAUAAUAUUGCAAAUAAAAAAGAGGUUUCUUUACGUUUUCCGGACCGACAAAAAGAAAUUGACAUUUUAGCCUUUAUUAACAACGGAAAUCUUAUAACGAUCAAUGCUAAAAAUUACAGAGCAUACGUUUUUUCAUGUGACAGAAAGGAUAAUCUUGUCUGGACCUGUAUAUCAGCGAUUGAACUAAAGUAUUUUAAGAAAAUUUACGUAACCCCUAAAGGAAAAUUUAUCAUAUAUAAUGAUACGAUUCAUGAGAUAACUAUGUGGGAUAUUGAAACAUUAUCUGUUCAAUCUCAUAUUUUAAUAGAGUGGGAUUAUGUUCUUGAAACUAUUGGAUUUAGCGAAGAUGAAGAGUUGCUAUUAGUACAUACAAAAACAGAAGAUAUAAAGAUGCGCAUAUGUGUAUUUUCAACAAAAACUUGGAUAAAUUUAGCUUAUUAUGAAAAUGAAGAAAUAAUGGACAGUUUUCAUUUGAUUGCUUCCGGAAAAGGAGAAAGGUUAAUGUUAAUAACGCGAGAUCCAGCAAGCGACAAGAGAUCUUGCUUUUUAAUGGAUCCGUAUAUACUUAAAGGGAAAAUAAAUGCCGAUAAACUUUUUGAAGUUGAUACAACUAAAUCACCAUACAUAAUUAAAUCAGACAAAAUCAUUUACAUGAAUGAUGAAAUGUUGCUAAUCAAGGAACUAGUUCGUGAAGAUUGGAUCAAUUAUUUACGAAAUGAUCUAGGCGACAUGAAUAGCGUUACAGCACCAGCGAGAAAAACACAUAAAAUAAUAAACGAGUUGAAUAGUGAUAGUAACGGAUAUAUUACAAAUAAAGAAUUUCAGGGAAUUCUAUUUCGAUGGAGAUUGGAUUGCAAAUCUGAUUCAGUAGUUCUUGAGGCCAAAAAUAGUCAACACACAUGGAAGCUGGAUAUCCUUCCAACUUUUUAUAAUGAUGGGUGUAAAUUUGUAUUACAAUGCGACCUUCUUGAGAAUGAUAAUUUAAUCACGACUACACAAAUUGGUAUAUUUGUUUGGUCCGUUAAACCUAUACCCAACAAAGUACAAAAGGAAAUUAGGAUCAAUUAUUAUUGGAACAAUUGUAAUCUGAAAGGUUGGGAUGGUCAUUUGAGAAAUUUUAACCUUGAAAAAACAAAUAUAAAGGAGUUCUUUAAUUAUGAAUAUAUAGCAAGAAUUUUACCUGCUCCCAAUAAUAUUGAUGAUGAAUUUUAUCUAACUUGUUACGGAAAGGAUCUAAUGAAAACACUCAUUAAGUUAAAUAAUGAUUUUUGGAUUCGUGAUUUAGAACUAUCAGAAGAUCAUCCUACAUAUAUAGCUAGUCUUUUAACUCAAAUAGCAUUUGUACUUGCUUCUGAUAUUCCUGAUCUAAAAUCAACGUCUUCACAUUUAUUCAGUUAUGGAACAUACUGUCAUUUAUCUAGAACGUCUCUUCUUGAUAUAUGUAUCUCUAAUAUUUCUAUGCAUUGGAAUAGGUUUGAAAAUUUAUUUAUAAAUCCGUUCAAUAACUCAAGUCAUAGUUCGAUAAAACUUGUAAUUCCUUUCCCGAAUUUUGUUACUUAUCCAAAGGAAUAUAAUUAUUGGGAUGAAUUAUUGCGGCCUGAACCCAGUUGUUUUGUAAAUUCACCUUAUACUGAGAUGAUCAAUUAUGAAUUAUAUAAACAUCCCUAUCUUCCUCCUAAUUUUAUGAAUGCUCUUCAACUUUCUAAAGAACAGCAUGAACAAGUUGAAUCACUAAUUGAGUUGAAGUAUAAAGAUUUAAUAAUUAAUAACUUUGAG